CGUAAAUUGCAAACAAAAUACUACCUUUUUUAUCAUUUCUUCUUUCUCACCAAUUUCUGCCUCCAAGCGACACCUCUUGUACCAUAGACCUUGUCAUUCCUGUCCUUCAGUGGUGAUGUAGUGAUGGCAACGGAAAAUCAAAUGCUGGUGGAAAUGGGUGAUAUCGUUGAAGAAGGAAUCGCAAAUGACGAUUGGGGUUGUAAUUGCGACUACGGUGCUAGCGACGAAAAGAAAGAAGAGGGAGGGGACAGCGAUGCAUUGUCGGGGGGCGAUGAAAGGGUUUGCCGCAACACAGCCGAGCCAUCGGCGAUCCACGAAGAAAAAACUUCGAUUCCUCUGAUCCGAAAGCCAAUAUCUUCGGGAGAAAACAUUGACGACGGCAAAAAAGAACUCCACAUUGCCCCCAUGCUGGAUUAUAGCAAGCGAGAAUUUCGAAAGCUCUUUUCCAUUCUUUCGACCAGACUCGUCGUGUGGACGGAUAUGGUCGUCGACGAGACCGUUGCCCAUUCGGAGCAUCUGGAGGACAUUGUAGCACCGGACCGCAAUUUGCCGAACCGCCAGGUCUGUCAGAUCGGUGGAAAUAGUCCCGAACUCUGCGGCAAGGCAACGAAGGUCGUGGAACUGAUCUACGGUUACGACGAGGUCAACCUCAACAUAGAUUGCCCCUCGGACCGGGUGAGCGGGGAGCGGGAAUUCGGGGCGGUGCUGAUGAAAAAGAUUGACGUUGCCUAUUCGGUGCUGGACAGCAUGCAAGCCAGUGCGACGUCGAGGCCCAUCUCCAUCAAGUGCAGAAUCGGGGUGGAUGACUUCGACGAUUUCGACUUUAUCGCGACCUACAUCGAGCGCCUGUUGCCCGUUUGUCGGAGGUUUUAUCUCCAUGCUAGAAAAUGCGUACUAAAUGGUUUGUUCAGCGCACGACAAAACCGAAGCAUCCCUCCCAUAAACUAUCCGAGGGUCUACGCUCUGUGUCGAAAGUUCCCGGAGGUUGACUUUUGGAUCAAUGGCGGAAUUCGAAGUAAGUUCAGUACGACAUAUUCAUAAUUUCGGUCAGGAUUCGCGUAUUUGGCUAUGUUCUGUCCACGAAGGGAGCAAUAAAGUCUCGUUUUUGCAAUUGAAUACAAUUUGAUGGAUCAAAAUCUGCAAGUUCUAUGAAAAUUCUCUUUACUGAAACAAUCUAUAACGGAUACAAUUUUGUGGCUGACCUUGUACGACCAUACUCAUCAGUGCAUUAUGCUCCAUUCUUUUCCUCGAUGUGAAGACUUGGUACAAGCAAAACGAAUCUGCUWCGGAAGUAGUGAACCRGAACACUGCGAAACCCACCAUAGAGAAAUACCCUGCUCACAGUGCAGGGUGCCGCAUGGGUCCUGUAUUGCACCUCCGUACGAGUUGGCACCGCCCAACCUCCACGGGUGCAUGAUGGGGAGGGCCGCCAUCGACAACCCCGCAAUUUUUGCCGACGUGGAUCGCUACUUUUACGGAAUGGAGCUCAACCCUUGCCAAAACCGCCGGGAUGUCCUUGACAAAUACGCGAGCUAUCUCGAGGAAUUGUAUCCAAGACGGUGUUGCGACCUCGACGUUGAGGUUACUCAUCGGAUUCCUGUUCCCMGCGUCAAGCGCCUUCGUCCGUACUGCUCAAUUUGUCGAGAUCAAUAUAGGCCAGAGGAGGGAAUGGAGAAUGAGGAGGAGACGKUUCUGACCGAUUUCAAACAGAAAAACAAAUCGAAAAUCUCCAACAGGUUAGUGGGCCGUUGCCUCAAACCGAUCCGAGGCCUGUUUUAUGGCCUUCCGGGUGGGAAAGUGUUCUUGCGACUUCUUGAUAGUACGGCACGUGAUACAACCAUCCGAAAUUGUGGGCCCGGAUACAUACUUCGGCGCGUAAUAAGAGACAUGCCCGAUGAACUGUUAGACCAAGACUUCGUUCCAUCCGAAGAUUCGAAUUAUUCGUGACAACUAUUACGGUAUUCAAUAGGGGUUCAAUCCAUCAAAAGCAGGAUUCUAGUGAAUGAACACAAUUAUGAUAA